AUGCCCCCGAGUGUACCUGUCGCUCCGACUUCCGAUCAGUUGGAAUCAUCAAUAACACCCAUCAAGAGCAAUCGUAGUAGGCCUGCAAGCCGGAAGAAAACCACGCUGGCAACCAAAACGACAGGACGGAACAAGAGUGGAACAAAAAAGAAGCAAAAACAACAACAGCAACAGCAGCAGCAGCAGCAGCAAGAAGAUGAGGGAACGCUACCGCUUUCCUCGUCCCUGCAAACACCGAACAAUAUGAUGGGCCUAUAUGGUGGUGCUGGAAUGAUGUCAUAUGGAAUGUCUCCGUAUUAUGGUGGCAUGUCACCGAUGAUGGGACCGUUCUCAAAUUUGAAUCAGUUUCUCUAUGGGAUUCAGACAGUUGUCUUUUCUUUAAGCCAAGCGGUUCAACUGAUGGGGACGAACCAGCAAGUUUUACAACAGUCCUUCGAAUCGUUGACAUCCAUGAUUGAACAUGCUGUCGCAACCUUCCACGAGUUACGAGCGCUGGAAGCUCUGCAAAAUGAAACAGAAACAGAGCAGCAAAAGAAGCGACGACAGCGGCUAAAAACAAUUAGAUGGGCGCUAAUGGUUGGAGGAAGUUAUGUUGUGUACAAAAUCAUUCGAAGGCUUACCUCAAAACGAAAGCAAAUAGAUCAAAGGGGCAAUCAUUCGACUGCAUUUGGAGGCUACGGUUCAGGAAUGAAUUACGGUAGUAGCUAUGGAGGCUCAGGUCUGUAUGGGGGCUACAAUAUGCAAAGUUCAUUCGGAAGCCCGUCCAUGUACGGUGGGGGAGGUUUCAACGGCGCAGGAGGCGGCUACUAG